CGACCAUUUCAAAGCGCCCUUCUCGCUCUUCUCCUCUUCCGCUCUACCUUUCCAAGCUGCGAUGGCGAUACCAAUGGCAGAGAGCAUUGUCGUUCUGCUCCUGCUUAUGCUGAUUCUAAUAAUCCUCCUUAUCCUCUUGGCAUUUAAGCCAUGGCGUUUCUUCUUCUCUUCUUCUCGAUCUCGUUUGAUCAAGGUCGGUGAUCUAGAAAGGCCUCUCUUUUCUGAUGAUCCAGAUUCGGUCCAAAACCAAAACAAUGAAUUGGGAAGAAAUUAUGUUUCAGAGGGGUCCCAUCUUCAAACUGAAGGGAGCUUCGGCUCACCAAGAGCACGUGGCCUUGUCUGUAAACAGAGACUUCCAUCAACUGAUGCACAUUCAACCCAAGGUGCUACUUUGGUUCUAGAUGUAGUUUCUGAUCUGUCGGAAGAUGUUCUGGUCGGUCAAACACUAAAGCGUCCUCUGGUGUCACACCGCUCAAUUGAUGAGGGAAAACAUGCUAAAAAAGAAGACUCUAAAUAUGGUCUCUCAGUCAUUUCUGCUGAUAGCUAUCAUGGAUCUUUGCCUAAGGCUAUCAGAUAUCAAAGAAGCAGCCUUACCCUGGAAGUUAUAUCUGGCCCUUCUCGUGGGCUUCGCUGCUCCUUACAGUCAACGAAUACUUCUCGACUUCCACUGACCCUGGGGAGAGUUCCUCCCAGUGAGAUGUUACUGAAUGACUCAGAAAUCUCGGGAAAGCAUGCCAUGAUAAAUUGGAACUUGAAUACAUUGAAAUGGGAGCUGGUGGACAUGGGGAGCCUAAAUGGAACACUUUUGAAUUCUCAGGCCAUCCACCAUGCUGAUUCUGGUGGUAGACAAUGGAGUGAACCCAUCGAGCUUGCAAAUGGAGACAUAAUAACUCUUGGCACUUCAUCAAGAAUAUUUAUGUUAGCUGGAGUGGAUGGGGGGGGGGGAGUGGCAAACUUCCAGGAAUGGGGAUUGGGGAAGGUUCAAAUUGCUCAUGCUGAAAACCAAAUUCCCUUUGGAGUUGGUAUGGCUUCUGAUCCCAUGGCCUUGCGUCGAGGAGGGAAAAGGCUUCCCAUGGAAGACAUGUGCUACUACCAAUGGCCUCUUCCAGGAGCCGAACAGUUUGGACUGUUUGGGAUAUGUGAUGGGCAUGGUGGAGUAGGAGCUGCCAAAGCUGCUAGCAAAAUGCUGCCUGAGAUGGUUGCAAAUAUCUUGUCAGUUUCGGAAAAAAGACAGAGGGUUCUUUCCCUUUGUGAUGCUUCAAAUGUGCUCAGGGAUGCAUAUUCUCAGACAGAAGCAUCUAUGAACCAUUCGUAUGAGGGGUGCACUGCAACAUUGCUUUUGGUUUGGGCUGAUGGCAAUGAAGAGUUCUUUGUACAAUGUGCAAAUGUUGGAGAUUCUGCUUGCGUGUUGAAUAUUGAUGGCAAGCAAAUCAAGAUGACAGAAGACCAUAGAGUAACCAGCCAGUCCGAAAGAGUCCGCUUGAAACAAACAGGACAACCAUUGAAAGAUGGGGAAACACGCCUAUGCGGUCUGAACCUAGCCCGGAUGCUUGGAGACAAAUUUUUGAAAGAACAAGAUUCCCGCUUUAGUUCGGAGCCUUACAUAAGUGAGGUUGUGCACAUCGAUAAAGCUAGCAAGGCAUUUGUUCUUAUGGCAAGGUGCCUUAGCUGCGGCCUGAGGGAGGUGUCAAUGACAAUCUUUUGAAGUGAUUAAGGUGAGUCUGUUGAUAUGUAUUGUUUAGCAGGCGAGGAAUUUGAAGGGUUAGUUCCCAAACUCCCUUUGAGGCAAUGCUACAGUUGCAAAACUCCUGGUAGAUCAAGAUCCUUUGCAGCGAGAUGGGGAUAUGAUUGAAUGGAGAUCCUGAGAACAAAUGCCACUGAGAGAUGAAUCUGGGACACCGACAGCUUAAUCCAAUCAUGAUGCAGAAUCGGUGCAAUGUAGUGCUAUUGUGUAAAUACCAUAACCCUUGCAUUUGCA